GGCAAAGUGGCAGCUCAGGCGAGCGCGCACACACACAUCAUCAUCAUUCAGAGGUGCUGCGCGAGACCGGACACAACGCACUGCCGCUCCGCUCAGAUACUGGAUUAACCAAACCUCACUGUAAAACAAAGUGGGACAAAGUUAUGGAAGAAAGAAUAUCGAGAAUGCAGAGCAGACAGUUUCUGGAUCACGCGGAUUUCUUGGGGGUGGAAUAUUCAUCGCUCUACAUGUGCAAAUCCAAAAGAGGGAUGAAGAGAGAGGAAGGAAAGGACGCGUACAAGUUACCACACAGACUGAUAGAGAAAAAGAGGAGGGACCGAAUAAAUGAAUGUAUUGGGCAGCUGAAGGAUUUAUUACCCGAACAUCUCAAACUCACGACUCUGGGUCACUUGGAAAAAGCGGUGGUUCUGGAACUGACGCUGAAGCAUUUGAACGCUUUGACAGCUGUCACAGAGCAGCAGCACCAGAAGAUCAUCGCUUUGCAGAACGGGGAGCGAUCGCUAAAGUCCUCCCUCCAGGCUGACUUAGACGCUUUCCACUCAGGCUUUCAAGCAUGUGCCAAAGAAGUCCUGCAGUAUCUGAACAAGGUGGAGAACUGGACGGCGCGCGAGCAGAGGUGCACGCGACUUAUCAACCACUUACACAAAGUUUCUGCUCAGUUCCAGCCAGGCACAGGGAUCCUGCAGCAGCCAGUGGCAGGAGACGACGCUCCAGAGCGGGACACCCAGAGAGAUCCUCAAGCCAACUGCGUCCCUGUCAUCCAGAGGACUCAAAACCUUGAGCUUAACGAGAACGACACAGACACAGACAGCGGGUAUGGAGGAGAGGCUGAGAAAGGCGAUGGGAAGAGCGAGAAAGGAUGCGACACGGCAAAAGGAGUUAAAAUCAAGCAGGAGUUCGGAGAUGAACGUGUCACCAAAAAGGCUAAAAUGAACUGGUCGGCGAAUGGUGGUUCAGAUUCCACUAGUACGCGACCAGACGUGGCGCUUAUGAACUCUUUAAUGGGAAUGACAGGGGUUGGUGGACAACAAACUCCCUUUUGCAUGCCGUUUUACUUCAUAAACCCGUCUGCAGCAGCAUCAUACAUGCCAUUAUUUGACAAAAGUCAUUUGGAGAAGUUGGUGUAUCCAGCAGCGGCGGCAUUGACCACGCCAUUUCCGUGGCUUUACCCCGGGAUCCCCACACACGCCUCUGCUGCAGCCGCAGCAGCCAUCGCUUUCCCCAACACAUCCACCGAUAAAACCUCUGGAUUUGAUGCAGCAUCGUCAAAAGAUGACGAGCCGGAAUCUCCCGAUGAUGACCUGUCCAAUGAGGCCGACCUGGCCUCUCCUGCAUCUGAAGAUCACGGCUCAGAAAUUGAAACAAGUCAUCAGCCCCAAAGAAAUGACAAUGAUGGUACAUAAAGCUGAUGUUUCGACCUUUGAAUACACACUAGUUUGCUUGUAAAACCGCUAUUUAUCUGUUUCUCUUAAUUUAACUGUUAUUAAGUAUUUACUAUAGUGUUUCUAUGGAUUUCCAAACAAAAAGCUGUUCUUUUGUUAAUUUUUUUUGCAUUAUUAUUGAUAUUAUUAAAAACUCAAAAUUUCACGUCAAAUUGGUUUACCGUUUUUUUAGGGGAGAAUGGGGGACGUUGUAACAGACAGUGCCUUUUGCACUGAUUCCUUGAAUGAAAAUCAGAACUUUUUUCUUUUUGUCCUUUAUGUUUUGCCAUACAAUGGCAUAUUGAUUGAAAAUGUGUGAAAUCCUCAGGCUUUGCUCUGAGUUUUUAUGUUGUAGCUGUUUUUUUUUUAAAGAUGAAGAAACUUAGUUUAGUGCAAUAGUUAUUAAGCUAAAGAGAAGCGCUUAUCCUAGCGGAACGUUCCUUUCAAAGACUUGGAAGUCACAUAUUGGACUCUUGGAUGUAAUGUUUGAUACUGACCUCAAGCAGGCUGGUGUGACUGCUGCAGUAUUUGUCAGAUGUAACUUUCUAUUACUGGAUUUCAGUUGUCUUUUGCUCUCUUUUCAAUGUUCAGCGCUUGAAAGAGUUACCUACAUACCUCAACAAAGCAUAGUGUUUGGGCCAGGACUUCUUCGAGAUGCUCCUCUGGUAGGGGUGGUGACGAAAUGUUUUGAGCGAUUUUAAUUGGACAAAUGAUGUGACCAACAAUAAUCCUCUGAUGUAAUGUUACAGCACCCCCCGUCUCCCUCUCUCUGUCUCUCUCUCACUUUAUCUCUCUCUCUCUCCCCAUCCCAAACGAUUAGUAUGAAUCUCUUGUAAAGGAAAUCAACACUCCAGAUCAAACUGGCACCUGUCAGUCAACACUGAAAGUGCUUUGCCAACAAUCUGACAUCAUUGUCCUGUGUCACCUCUAGCAAAAAUAUACAAGGUAUAAUAGCACCUUAUGGAACUUUGAUAUUGAAUGUAAUCUGUGUUCUUUUGGUAGAUCUAAAAGUUUGUACUGUAUAUAUUCUGAUAAAAGUAGUUAUUUAAUCCAGAGGUAAAGUGCACUUUUUCUUGCCUAUAACACAAUCCUCACUCUUCGUUUUUAAGCCAAUGCCCUUUGAACUCAAGCUAUGUGUUUUUCUUAAGGAAAUCUUCUUAAAUACCAUAAAAUGAAAAGUGUUGGAGUAUGUAUCUAUAACAUCAUAACACUCUUGAGCUGACUCACUUGAGUCCAAGACAAUUGUUGAAGAGGUGAAACCUUUAAAGAAAUCAAACGUGCUUUGCCUUUUCGGAAAGAUUUUCACUACUCAUGACCUCAGACAUGCAUAUAGGUCAUGUUGUGUAUUGUACAAAUGUUGUGGAGCACUGUAAUAUGACAUGAAUCAACAUGUGAAUGGACCUUUUCAGAUUGGGAGAUUCCAGGAGGCUCUCAAAUUUUAUUGAAUGUGUUUAUUUUUCUAGGCCUGGGUUCAUGAAUGCAUAUAGGAACAGUGAUGUACCAGCUGCCGUUGAUUUCUGCAUUGUAACACAUUUCAUAGGCCCUAUAGUGUCUUUGCCUCAACUGUCAUUUGCCUCAACAGUGGCAUGUGGAUGUAUAUAGUUUGUGAAUAUGCUGUAUGUUUAAAGUUUAUGUUGUAGAAGAAAUCUAUGGAGUUUUUUAAAGGAUGAACUGAGCGACUGCUGCACAUUUCCUUAAUGCUUUACACAUUUGCUGUUUGAAAUUAUGCAGCUCAGUUGUCAAAUAAACAUAAGCUCAUGUGAACAAAA